GGCCAGUGUUCUGCCUUUCCAGGAAGCCGCCCUGUGAGCCCCCCCCGCCCCACCGAGAGCACGCCAGGGAGCCAGGCGCAAGAUGAGCCAGCACCCCGCCCGCUGCCCAAGACGCACCGGACCGUCCCAGUGAACCCCGAGAGCCCGAAAAUGUCUGCGUGCAGCGACUUCGUGGAGCACAUCUGGAAGCCCGGGUCCUGCAAAAACUGCUUCUGCCUGCGCACCGACCACCAGCUGGCACCCGGCCGCCCCCAGCCCCGAGCCGGCAGCCUGCCCCCUCCGCCUCGCCUGCCCCCCAGGCCGGAGAGCGGCCGCCCGGAAGAUGAAGGCCUGAGCGGCUCGCCCUACUCCAAGCCCACCAUUGCCGUGAAGCCCACCAUGAUGAGCUCCGACGCCUCCGAUGGGUGGACAGAGGCUGGCGUGAGUGCCGACGUCGCGCAGGUCAUCUGGAGACGAGCCCCCGGCAAGCUCCCCCUCCCGAAGCAGGAAGAUGUGCCAGUAGUUUACCUGGGCAGCUUCCGAGGCGUCCAGAAGCCUGCUGGGCCCUUGGCCCCGGCAGACGUGGGGCACCCUCGCUGCCCCCCUUCCUAUGCCAUGGUCGGCCUGCACAGCCUAGAGCCCCGGGGGGAACGGAGUGUCGCCUUCCACCCAGUGAGCUUCCCCGAUGAGAAGCUUGGACGAGAAGAUAAACCCACGAUUCCCUACCAAGAGCUGACCUCCCCUCAGGAGAGCUUCCGCCAGAAACUGGCUGCCUUUGCCGAGAUGACCUCUGGCUGCCACAAGGGCCCCAGGCCCUACCCCUCUGCGCAGCCCCUGCGGGAAUCCCUGCCCUCGGAGGAUGACAGCGAUCAAAGGUGCUCGCCCUCAGGGGACAGCGAAGGGGGAGAAUACUGCUCCAUCCUGGACUGCUGCCCUGGGAGCCCAGGGGCUCAGGACGCCCCACAGGCCGAGGACUCCGGGCGCAGACAGGGCUGCGGGGACUGCUCGCCGGCCUGCUGGGAGCAGGGGGUGUGCGCGAGGCCCGCCGAGGAGGAGAGGCGGGCUUUGAGCUUCCCCAGGGAGUGCCGCAGCCAGGGCCCGACAGAGAACCCACCCCGCCUGGGCCCCAAGAAGCAGUCCCUCACCUCGGAGGCCGCCAGCUCCUCGGAUGGCCUCUCCUGCGGGAGCGCCGGUAGCCGCGCCAGCAGCCCCUUGGUCCCCCAGCACGAGAGCGAUUCCUGCUCCCUCGUGAAGGCACCUGGGCCGGGGAAGCAGCCGGACUCUGGCUGCCACGGGGUGGCCUCCAGCAGGUGCCUGGGGCUGGCUGGGGAGCCUCAGGCCCCAGCCCACCCCGGAGAGACUGCACAGCCUGAACCCAUCUACGCUGAGAGCACCAAGAGGAAGAAGGCUGUUCCAGUGCCUUCCAGGCCACAGGCCAGGGCGGAACAGGCGGCAGCUGCCCAGGGCCAGGGCCAGGUGAGGAUGGCUCACACCUGGGCUCAGAAAACAGCGUCUGGCUGGGGCCAGGACAGGGAAGGCCCAGAGGUGGCCCCCCAGGCGGCGGCCACCAUCACAGUCAUGGCGGCCCACCCGGAAGAAGACCACCGCACAAUCUACCUGAGCAGCCCCGACUCCUCGGUGGGGGUGCAGUGGCCUCGCGGGCCCCUGAGCCAGGCCCCUGAGGCAGGCGAAGGGGAGCCUUCGGCUGGGCAGGGGCUCAGCUCUAGGGAGAGCCGCCAUCACGGUGCCAGUGAGAGCACGCCCAAGGGGAGGCCUGCCAUCCCUCCCAAGCUGUCCAAGAGUAGCCCCGGAGGGUCCCCGGUGUCCCCAUCGGCCUCCCCCCAGUCCAACCUCAGCGAAGGCAACUCGGCUGUCCCUGGGCCCCAGCCUCCAUCCAGGGGCCCCGCUGACCCUGCUUCCUCCUGCCGGGCCAACGGUGUCCCUGCCAGCGACCCUGCCAGGGGCCCUCCGCCCACCACUGCCACGUCAGCCUUGGACCAGAGGCGGCCCCGGUACCAGACCGGCGCCUGGAGCCGCCAGUGCCGGAUAGAGGAAGAGGAGGAGGCGGAGCAGGACUUGCUGAGUCAAAGCUGGGGGAGAGAGGUGGGCAACGGCCCCACGGACCCGUGCAACUCCUCCACCUGGCACCGCCUCCGCCCCACAGACGGCUCCUCUGGGCAGAAGAGCAAAGCCGGAACCGGCAUGAGCAAGUCGGCCUCGUUUGCCUUUGAGUUCCCCAAGGACAAAAGUGGGAUCGAGGCGUUCUCGCCUCCCCCGCCGCCUCCGAAGUCACGGCACCUUUUAAAAAUGAACAAGAGCAGCUCUGAUUUGGAGAAGGUGAGCCAGGGCUCUGCUGAGAGCCUCAGCCCGUCCUUCAGGGGCGUCCACGUCAGCUUCACCACGGGCUCCACGGACAGCCUGGCCUCCGACUCCAGGACCUGCAGCGACGGAGUUACACACAGCGCAUCCGCAUGGCAGCAAGGUGGGAGGAGGCUGAAGUCGGAAGCAUAUCGAAAGACUCCUGAUUCCUUGGGUCCAUCAUCUGAGCUGACUCACUCGCCCACCAGCAGUGGGAAGGAGCUCUUCAGCCCUGUCCCCUUCCCUUCGGGCUCCACUGAGGAUGUGUCCCCCGGUGGCCCCCUGCAGCCCCCGCCUCUCCCCCAGAAGAAGCUGGUGAGCCGGGCGGCCUCUUCCCCGGAUGGCUUCUUCUGGACCCAAGGCUCCCCCAAGCCAAGAGCAGCAGGUCCCAAGCUGAACCUCAGCCACUCGGAAACCAACGUCCGUGUCCAUGACGAGUCCCACCUCAGCCACUCCUCAGGCCCCGGCAGCCGCCCCCAGCACGUCUUCUCUGCUUCCGAGCCUCUGGAGAAAACGUUCAAAGACAAUGGCCCCUGGGGCCCGGCGCCAGGGCUGCCGGGCAGCCGGAGCCUGCAGGGCAGAGGGGUCUCCUCGGCCGCGGCCUCCCAGCUGAGCGUGUCCGGCCAGGCCUCGGCGGGCAGCGCCCAGCUGCAGCUCCACAGCCUCCUGAGCAGCAUCGGCAGCAAGGAGGGCACCUACACCAAGCUGGGAGGGCUCUACGCCCAGUCCUUGGUCCGCCUCGUGGCCAGGUGUGAGGACCUCUUCACGGGCGGCCAGAAGAAGGGGCUGCACUUCAGCGAGAAUAACUGGUCCCUGUUCAAGCUGGCCUGUAACAAGCCCUGCUGCGACUCGGGGGAUGCCAUUUAUUACUGUGCCACCUGCUCCGAGGACCCCGGCAGCACCUACGCUGUGAAAAUCUGCAAAACCCCGGAGCCCAAAGCAGCCUCAUACUGCAGCCCUUCCGUGCCUGUGCACUUCAACGUCCAGCAGGACUGCGGCCACUUCGUCGCCUCGGUGCCCUCCAGCAUGCUCACCUCUCCCGAUGCGCCCAAGGACCCCCUGUCUGCCCUGCCUUCACAUCCCCCCGCCCAGGAGCAGGACUGCGUGGUGGUCAUCACCCGAGAGGUACCCCACCAGACCGCCUCGGACUUUGUGCAAGGCUCAGCCACCAGCCACCAGUCUGAGCCCGAGGUUUACGAGCGGCGCGUGUGCUUCCUGCUUUUGCAGCUCUGCAACGGGCUGGAGCACCUGAAGGAGCACGGCGUCAUCCACCGGGACCUGUGCCUGGAGAACCUGCUGCUGGUGCACUGCGCCCCGCAGGCCUCCCCGGACCCCUCCUCCGCCAUCUCCUGGGCCCCUCCCACCACCCUACCCCCCGCCCCUGCCGCUACCCCCUCCUCUGGCCCCUCUGCCGCCCUCCCAGCCGGCGUCACCCCCACCCCUCCGGCUGGCCCCGCCUGUCAGGGAGGGCCCGGCGAGAAGCACUUGCCCCGGCUCAUCAUCAGCAACUUCCUGAAGGCCAAGCAGAAGCCGGGCGGUACCACCAACCUGCAGCAGAAAAAGAGCCAGGCCCGCCUGGCCCCAGAGAUUGUGUCUGCCUCCCAGUACCGCAAGUUCGACGAGUUCCAAACGGGCAUCCUCAUUUACGAGCUGCUCCACCAGCCCAACCCGUUCGAGGUGCGGGCCCAGCUGCGGGAGCAGGAGUACCGGCAGGAGGACCUGCCCGCGCUGCCCGCGCUGUCCCUCUACUCGCCGGGCCUGCAGCGGCUCGCGCACCUGCUGCUGCAGGCCGACCCCAUCAAGCGCAUCCGCAUCGGCGAGGCCAAGCGCGUGCUGCAGUGCCUUCUGUGGGGCCCCCGGCGGGAGCUGGUGGAGCAGCCGGGCGCCUCGGAGGAGGCGCUGUGCGCCACGCUCAGCAACUGGAUCGACCUGAAGCGGGCCCUGAUGAUGAUGAAGUUCGCCGAGAAGGCGGUGGACCGCCGCCGCGGGGUGGAGCUGGAGGACUGGCUCUGCUGCCAGUAUCUGGCGUCGGCGGAGCCCGGAGCUCUCUUACAAUCGCUGAAGCUCCUGCAGCUUCUGUGAGGCAGUCCCCGGCCCCCGUGCUGCCCCCAGCCCCUCCCUGCCUUGCCUUGGAAACGUCUGUGUCUCCUGAGAAAUGGUACAAAUGACCGUUGUACUUGGAUGUCUUAUAUAUAUAUAUAUAUAUAUAUAUAUAUAUACGUAAGAUAUAAAUACAAAAGACUGAGGAUGUCACUGCCCACCCUGGUCUGGCCUCCUCUCCUCCCCUAGUCUUGAAGUUUUCACCUGCAAUUGUGUACAUUUCUAGCUUAUUGCAAGGUCCUGAGGACAGUGUGGCCAGCAGAGUGAAGCCUGGACUCUGGUCUCACUAACCCAUUAUGGGAUCUCUCUACCCUCGUCAAGUGGCUAUUUAAAAAAAAAAAAAAAAAAAAAAAACCUCCAUUUUUAAUUAAAAUUUUCGGGUGACUCGUGAGUAAAACUCUUUAAUCCUCAAGUGCCCAAGUGCGUUAAUACCUUUGGUGGGUAAAAUUGUUUUUAAGCCCCUGAAGCAGUGGCUUCAGGACCACCUGAACUGUCCUCUAUCUUACACUUCUCGUAAGAUAGAGCAACAGGCCGCAAGGGCCCCAGGCAUGCGGAGACCAGUUAAUCUUACCUGCUUCUCUCCCCACCUAACAGGUCUCUUAGGAAGAAUCCAGACACAGCUGGUGUGAUCCCAGAAUUUCAGAAUUUAAUCCCACUGCUUGAAAUCCGUUUCCAGUUUGCUAAAGCUGGUUGUCAUGUGUAUCAAAAGCCUGGCUCAAAGCAGAAGCCACCCCAGAUGGUUCAAAUGACAGGACCUCAACAGGGGACCACUUAGAGAGUUGUGGGCAGGGUUAAGAGGAAAACAAAGGACGAUGAGACAAAAGCACGGGCAGGAAUGGGGAGGAGUCACUCAACCUGUUUCCCACCUGUCAUCCUAGGCCAAGACCAGUGAGAUGCCAGACAGCAAGGGGACCUGGGUGAUACAGUCUGCAGGACUGGCCUCCCUGGGCAGGGUCGAGAAGAGUGGAUGGAGGGCUAGGUGGGAAACAGCCCACUGUUACUGCUGUCCUAGAUAAGGACAGGGCAAGAAUAGAACUGCGGCGUUCCCACUUUCAGACCGCUAGGCCUCCUGCUGUUCUAAGCUCCUUUGGGUUUCCAUUUUCAAAAACUCAUUCAAAAUACUUUAAAAAUACUCAAAGAAAAUUAGGAAGCAGCAGAUCUUUCCUCCUCAAAACUAGACUCACAAGAAGUCACUAAAUACUCAUUUGAAGGGAAACAGCCCAAGACCCUUGUAUUUCUACCUGAAGAGUAAUCUUCCAACUUGUGAACUAAUUUCUCAAGCCUUGUUAAUAACUAUGGACAAUGUUUAAACAAAUGCAAAGAUCUUAAUGAAUGUCGUAGAAAUCUAGGAAUGUGGCUAGCAACCAGGAUGGGGAAAUCUCCCAGGUCACCUUCUGCAUAUUAAUUUCACUCCAUUUACAAGCCUUCCAGCCUGGGACUCCAGGUAAACACACCUACACUUCCAAGCAUCUGAGGUGAAACCUGGGGCUUCGGGGCAUAUUUGUCAUUUCAACUGUUGCUUGAGCAUUGAGGGAAGAAGUGACUGGAACCAGCUUCCAACUAUGUUUGUACAAGAGAAAGAGUUUUGAACAUGGAAAUCAUAAUUCUCCGUAGGACCUGUCUGUUUCAGAGGGUAUUAUUUUGUCAGUUGUUUCUUCCUGGGAAUUUUCCAGGCAAACCCUCUGCCUUCGAUUUACUGUCUUUUGCUUUCUUGUUCUUUCUCACUUCAAAUAAAUAAACAAUGGAGAGGGAGGAAACAAAUAUUCUACCGGGGAAUGCAGCGCUAUUUGGAAAUAAACGUCUCAAGAGGCACAUUUUAAACCUCGGAAUUAAUUGCACCUUUUUUAUAUGCCACCCACUUCAGGAAAAAACAAAACAAAAAACCUGAGAUGGUAGAAAAGGUUUUAGGAACCAAAAUGAACCCAAAAAUAAAGGUGGAAAGAAAAGGAACUAUAGCAAUAAAUUCUAAUUGAGAAGAAUGAUAGCGAUCAAACAUAAAACUUACUUCUGAGCUGUCCACCAGCCUAGAAAAGUAGAAAACAACCGGUUGCAGAAUUCGUGUAAUUUUAGGAAACUGUUCGUCCGGAGGAACAAACCUUUUCCCGGUGCUUGGUUUUGAAGGGACUUUGCCAAGGAUUUCCUUGUUUGAAGACAUCGAAUAAUGUUCCCAAUAGCACAUAAACAAAAUAACAUUUUUCGAGAUAGGGCAAUUUCUUCUAUCCACAGUUGGUAAAAUCCAAGUGUGGAGUGUUCAGGCCUCGUUUCAUCAAGGUGGUUCUGCAGGGCACUGGCCACCCACUCAUCCCCAUGGAUCCACCUCUUCCGUGAACGUCAAGGAAACCUGCUCCAGGCAAGAGAUGUCUUUGGAGGACCUGUGCCCUGGAAAGGAGGUCAUCUUAAGGAAAGGAGUCCAAAUUAACCCGAACACAGUAUCAUUGAUUGAGGGGGAACUGGGGAUGCACCAGAACUUCCAUGGUCAGUUUGGAACCUUACUGGAUCCUGGGUAUUCAGUCUUCUCUGAUCUGCAUGUUUCCUCCUGGGACUUGACUACAUCCAUCCCAACUUUCUGGAGUGGCGGAAGCAAAGUCAAGUUUACUUGGGGUUUUUCUGCAUGCCAGCAAGCCAACUUGGUAUUGGGCUAUCCCAGUAGGACUUGAACAUGUACACUUAUCACAUAUUCUGAAUGCUGGAUUCAAAUCUUUCCAGAUCUUUUACCAGAAGUGAUUACAGCUAUUUCCUACAAAAACACUGUCCUGAACACCGGAUGUGCUUAGACUACCAAAACAUUUAUGUAUGGUAUUAAGACCUAAAGGUCAUUCUUCAGGCUCCUGACUUGAUGCCCUAUCAGGGCUAAUCAGGCAUGGAGACAGGUUAAGAGAACUGAGCAUGGCAACUGAACUCUUCAUCUAAGGAUGGAAGAGAAGGCAGGAAAUUCGAAGACAAGAUUCAGAGACAAACCACCUGUUUUAUCACUUGCCUGGAUCCAGCCCUGAGGACUUCCCACAACCCCCAAAAAGGUAUUCUUGUGUCUUAGUCCAGUAGGGCUGCUAUAACAAAAUGCCAUAAAUGGUGGCUUAUGACAACAGAAAUUUAUUUCUCACAGUUCUAGAAGCUGGUAAGUCCAAGAUCAAGGUGCCAGCAGAUUCAGUUCUGGUAAUACCACACUCCCUAGUCCACAGACGGCCAUAUUUUCACUGCAUCGUCACAUGGCAGAAAGGGCAAGGGAGUUCUCUGGGGUCUCUUUUAUAAGACCACUAAUGCCAUUCAUGAAGACCCCAACCUCAUGACCUUAUCACCACCCAAAGGCCCCACCACCUAAUACCAUCACACUGGGAAUUGAGUUUCAAUGUAUGAAUUUUGGGGGGAGAGCGGGGUACACAAACAUUCAGUCCACAGCAUCACUCUUGUCAAGACCUUCACUGGGAUCAUAUGGACACUAUUCUGUUCUGAAAGAGCUCCAGCCAUGUGGAAACUAUAGAACUCUAGACUGUGUAGAUUUCAAUUUCCAAGUUUAUAGCGUUUCCUUUAAAAGUUAGAAAGACUUGGGACUUCCCUGGUGGCGCAGUGGUUAAGAAUCCGCCUGCCAAAGCAGGGGACACGGGUUCCAUCCGUGCUCUGGGAAGAUCCCGCAUGCCGCGCAGCAACUAAGUCCGUGUGCCACAACUACUGAGUCCACGUGCUGCAUCUACUGAAGCCCGCACGCUCUAGAGCCUGUGCUCCACAGCAAGAGAAGCCCGCGCACCGCAAUGAAGAGUAGCCCCUGCUCACCGCAACUAGAGAAAGCCUGCACUCAGCAAUGAAGACCCAAC